AUGACUGAGAAAUGGGACUCAAACUCUUCAGAAAACUGGCAUCACAUCUGGAAUGCCAAUGACACAAAACAUCAUCUGCACUCAGAUAUUAAUAUUACCUAUGUGAACUACUAUCUUCACCAACCUCAAGUUGCAGCGAUUUUCAUUUUUUCCUACUUUCUGAUCUUCUUCCUGUGCAUGAUGGGAAAUACUGUGGUUUGCUUUAUUGUAAUGAGGAACAAACACAUGCACACUGUCACAAAUCUCUUCAUCUUAAACUUGGCAAUAAGUGAUUUACUAGUUGGCAUAUUCUGUAUGCCUAUAACUCUGCUGGACAAUAUCAUAGCAGGUUGGCCAUUUGGAAGUACAAUGUGCAAGGUCAGUGGACUGGUCCAGGGAAUAUCAGUCGCGGGUUCCGUUUUUACUUUAGUUGCAAUAGCAGUGGAUAGGUUUCGGUGUGUUGUCUACCCUUUUAAACCAAAGCUCACUAUCAAGACAGCAUUUAUUAUUAUUGUGAUCAUCUGGGUCCUGGCCAUCACCAUUAUGUCUCCAUCUGCAGUAAUGUUACAUGUACAAGAAGAAAAAUAUUACCGAGUGAGACUCAAUUCCCAGAAUAAAAGCAGCCCAGUCUACUGGUGCCGGGAAAACUGGCCAAAUCAGGACAUGAGAAAGAUCUACACCACUGUGCUGUUCACCAGCAUCUACCUGGCUCCCCUGUCCCUCAUUGUCAUCAUGUAUGGAAGGAUUGGGAUUUCACUCUUCAAGACUGCAGUGCCUCACAUGGGGAAGCAGAGCCAGGAGCAGUGGCAUGUGGUGUCCAAGAAGAAGCAGAAGGUCAUUAAGAUGCUCCUGAACGUGGCCCUGCUUUUCAUUCUCUCCUGGCUGCCCCUGUGGACUCUGAUGAUGCUCACAGACUAUGCUGACCUUUCUCCAAAUGAACUGCGUGUCAUCAACAUCUACAUCUACCCUUUCGCCCACUGGCUGGCCUUUUGCAACAGCAGCAUCAACCCUAUCAUUUACGGUUACUUCAAUGAGAAUUUCCGCCGUGGUUUCCAAGAUGCUUUCCAGUUCCAGCUCUUCCAAAAAAGAUCAAAGCCCAGAGAAGCCUACGCCCUACGAUCUAAAAACAACAUGGUCAUAAACACAUCUAAUCAGAGAGGCCGGGAACCUACAGUUCAAAAUCCACAUGGGGAAAUUUUGCUUUAUAAAAAAGGUGCUGAAAAACCCAAACAGGAAUUAAUGAUGAAAGAAAUGGGAGAAGCUACCAAUAGCAAUGAGAUUUUAAAAGAGCUAGUGUGA